UGUUUUUCCUUCACAAUAAUUUCUGCUAAAUGCAUUUUGGCCUUAAGGGGUGUGUCUCUGACACUUUGAUGUGACUGAUUCCAUUAUUUUUAUAAUAUUUUAGCUUUAUGAAUGAUAUGCCAAAUCACUGCCAAUUACAAAAGUCCUAAGGAUUUGAAUCAAUCAUACUGUGGUACACAUUGUUUUCUGGGCCAUGCCUUGCAGACUGAUUGGCAGGGCUGGUGCAGCUGCGUGGUUCACACUUCCAUUUUUAACAGCAGCCCCACCAGUUGUCCUCCCAAAAUAAACACCAUUCCUCAGCCAUAUAUGUGCAAGAGCCUCUUUAACUGAUUGUGAGGCAAAGACAUGUACAACCAACUGCACUGCACAGCUGGCUGCUGCCUUCUCUGUAGUACUCUAUCACCAAGCUGCCUCAGCUACUUGAGGCCUGCUGAACACUUCUUAGCGAUGCACAUCACGGAUCUUAACAGACAGUGCCUCGUGCACUUAUUUUCUUUCCUGGACAAAGACAGACGGAAACAAUUCUCUGAAACUUACCGUGACCUGCGCGAAGUUUUCCUUGACCCAGCUCUGUGGACUUUGCUGAACUUUCACUCGCCCUCUGAGCUGAAGAGGGACAACUUUGUGCUGGGCUCAGCCCUGCGGUACCUGUGUGUGUGCUGGCACUCGAGUCGGAUGAAAGUGUGCAACAUUGAGGACUGGGUGAAAAACACAUUCCAGAAAGACUUCUGCAGCAAGCAUGAAAGCACCGUCAGUGACUUCUUACUCAAAGUUCGCAACAAGUGUCCCAACCUGCUGUCUCUGACCCUGUCUGGAUGUGGUCACGUCACAGACCAGGACGCCAGGAUGCGAAACCUGUGCCUGGAGAACUUCGUGCGGCUCACUGACUGCACUCUGCAGGCCUUGGUGAGCCACGGGCGCAGUCUUCAGGCAGUCCAGGUGGAUUUUUGUCGGAACGUGACCCAGGACGGACUGCGGCUGGUGCGGGAGAGGCGUCCUUCGCUGGAACUGACUGCAGAAAGGAGCGGCGGCAUGACUCCUGACAGCAAACAGGCACAAAAGCUACAGCUGGGGGGAACGCUACAAAAACUAUUACAAUACUCCUGAAACGCAUUCGAAAGAAAAAGUGGAGGCCAUUGAUCAGAAAUUGAUUCUAAUAUAUGUUUUUGUACAACGUUUUGUUAUAUUCAAAAAUAUGAUUUUUAUUAAGAUUUUUUUUUCUAUUUUAAAAAAACAUGCAGUCACUCCAGGUAACACUUUAGUUGAGGAUGUGGUUAGAAAAAUACAUUACUAAACACGCAUGGAUUGAGCGGGAACUUGCACAUGACUGUCUGCCUGUAAACCUAAUGCGAAAUAGACUGAAAUAAUGUUAAUGCACUUUUAAAGACAUUACAUCCAAUUGCAUUCUGAUUCCAUGUUUGUGAGUUCAGAGUACAGCUAUGGCCAAGUGUUUAGCAUCAUCUAGAAUUUUACGAUUGAGACAUAAUUAAAAAUAAAAUAAAACAACGACAUGAACAUAAUUUUUGAUCUUUCAUUAACAUCAUGUAAUCAAAGAAACUACAAAUUGAUAUCGCAAAAGUCUACCGGAAGCCUACAAUAUUUCAUGUUACUUAACGAAAAACGUGACGUUUUGAAAUCUAUGUGGAAAACUACAAAGCGGUAUGUAAUUCAAUAUGUUAACGAAACAUUAUUCAGCAGGUUUCAUUCGACUUUGAGAAGCAAAAUGAGUUCAUUCUAUAGGGUGAUGCAACAUUUUUGGCCAUGGCUGUACAGUGUGCUCGGCAUGCUUUACAGUAUUCUGUGAUCUCACAGCUGACAAUCCCCCUAGGAGGUUCUCUGAGGACAAGCUGGCUGGUGGCCAGAGUUGUGAAUAGCACAGCUUAUGUAAGAGGGAGUGGGGAAUAUAGAAAUAGGCUGGAGAGAGAAUGUCUGUGCAGUCCAUGUGCCGAUUCUAUAUUUGUUGUAUUGCAUUAGACAGCUCAGGCAACCUUAAGGGGCUUUUCAGGAUUCUCUUUUUGGGUUUACAUACCGGGAAAAAAAAAAAAAAAAAAAAAAAAAAAACCUUGCUAGUAACAACAUUAACACAGUGCUCUGCUGACACUGCUUCUUCAAGAUGCAAUGUUCCAGUUUGAAAGAAUGGUCAGCAAUGAGAUAGUAAAUGGUGAAAUGCACAUGUAUAGUCUCUACUAGAUGUGUUUCACCAUACAUAUUCAGACUUCUGAAUGAAGAUCUUUUCCAGCUACUGCUACUGCAAGGCUAUUGUCUUAUUUCUUAUUUUUAGUAACAUUAUCUCAUUUCCUGUUCUGCAGGUCAGCCUCGCUCUUGGUAGACCAUGGUAAGCUGUUUUUUACUCCAGUGAUGUGUUUGCAACAAGACAGAAUAAAGCUGUGCGUUGCAUUGACACAUUUAUUUGAAGUUGUUUUUUUUAUUUCUGUUUAAUAAAAUCUGUUUCGACUGGAAUACCUAAAUGGCUGGAACUUAAGAAUUGGCUUCUCUAUGAAAAACAUGCAUCCUUAGAAAUACUGUACUUACUAAUCUUACUUUUUAGUAUUUCAUUUUGUUUUGCUUAUUUUCACAAGUGUUAUUUCUUAUGAAAAUGCCACUGUAAUAGGUAAAUGUAAUAGUAACUAUAUACCUCAAGGAAAACCCAAAUACUGAAUUCCUGUCAUUUAUGACUUUAUAUAAGAUUAUUUGAUUAAAGAAAAGAGCAAGAACCUUAAUUAUUAAAAACUAUACGAUAAUGUAAUUUCUGUGUAAAAAAUAUUAACACCACAUUUGACAAAAAUUAUGAACAUUUCUGUCAGCCUAUAAAAUGAUUAUGCAGUAUGGUGCACAUAGUUAUACAGUGCGAUAAAGUCUUUAUGAAGGCACAAUGAGUGAUAUAAUGUUGUGAUAAAGCAUUAUCCAGUUCUGCAUUGACUUUUUCAGCAGUGCACAUGUAAUGACAUUCUACUUGAAUGAUCUUAUUUAAGCUUUACUGCUGUACAAUGCUACACAAGUAGAAUGCUGCAUGCAACACUGUAUUUACUGUCAUUUGAGCUGUUUAAUUCCUGUAUCACUUGCUGGUAAGAAAAACUUAUAUAAACUACACGUGCAAUGAUGCACCUCCAUUUAAAAUAGAAGCCUUUGCCAUUACAAGCUGGAUUAAUGUACUAUAAAGUAGAUGAGUAACCUUGUUACUUAUAAGACUUAUCUAAGGUGUUUUACACUACAUAUCUUUACCACAUUAAUGUUCUCUACAGGGAACAAGAUACUUUAUUAUCCGAAGUUCGAAUUGAGCAUACGUGGGAUGAACUUGAAUACCACAUUUGUGGCUGUCCCGAUAAAGUGCUGAAAUGUAUAUUUUAAAUAAAAAAAACAACAACAACUAUAUAAUCAAGUCAUGCAUUUCACCUUGUGUGACCAUGUCUAGUAACAUGCUUUGAUCCCGAAGACACUGCUUGGGUGAAAUGAUCUCUAGGAUAUGCAAGUGACAGUAACGACUGCCCAGUGUACUACCAGAUAUGAUGUUUUAAAAUAAAAUGCUAUGAAAUGGGUUUCUUUCAAAACUGCACAGUUGAGACCUAUGGAGUAAAUAAAACUGAAACUGAAACCCCUUCUUGGGAGUUAGUGGGUGGGUGUACUGACACAUAUGACAGUGGACCCUUGCAUUGUGUCACAUUCUUCAAGGUGUAUUGCCCACAGAUGCCUAAAUGAGGCCAGCCACGAACGUUAAUGUAUAAAUGAGCAUAUCUGACGACAGUGCCUCCUGAUACAGAUCUUAAUCUGCAAGACAGAACAGAACAGUACAAUCUGAGGGAAGGGUGUGUAGGUUUCACGAUGUUAGACUGGUUAAUUACAUAUGAAAAAAACAUUGUAAGGAUUAAUCGCAUCAGAACCAUGACGCACUCCAAAGUGGGCGGGGUGGAGACGGGGCCUUGGCUAAUAAACAAACAACGACAGAACCAGUUCAUAUGAAUCUAUGCAUUGACGAGAAAUAUUAGAUCUUCCCAGUCAAGCUCAGGCUCCACAGCAUUGUUCCAAAUCAUGAGCCUUUGCUGGUAUACAACUGAGGGACUACUAUAAUGGAAAUAACACAUUCGAGAAUUAUACAGCGAAUAGAAGCCCACAACCAAUAACAUUUUUUUUAUUGAUUUGGUUUUUAUAGGUGUAAAUACCCAGACUCCAGCUGGCUGUUUGACUGUAACUAGAGUACAGUGUUCUUCUGUGAGUACUUUUAUAUCGACUAAUUGGAAAAAAAAAAAAAAACUACAUCCUAGUCGUCUUUAAACUAAAAAUACUGGUGCUUUAAAAGUGGUUACGUGACCAACACAAUGCUUCUAUUAGUUCUGCAACAUUAACUGGUUCUGCUUUCCCUGAGGGAUAUAUCAGCAAUUACCAACACGAGUAAAUGUUUUUCCUUCUUUUUCAAACGUUAGUUUUAUUUCAGAACUGUCUGAAUGUGAAUUAAUAUGGUUUAACUGUUGCAUUUUCAAAUUGCCAUUUUGGGAAAGGCUUAGUUUUAACACUCACAUUCAAAUGUUUGCCGAUGCCGUUAAACUGUGUCGAUGAAGCGUGUCUCUUGUUAAUGAGCCUGAAACACGUUGCAAGGCAAUUCAAGUAUAACAUCAAAAGAAAAUGUUUCACGUGUUCUCCACGUGUUUAGGUCAUUGCUGAAGAUUUUUGAACGAGUCUCUGAAAUGUGCCGGAAUGGAGGGCAGGUCAAAUAACCCUAUAUUACGAAGAAUCGGGGAUUGAACCAUCAUCUUGUCGGCCUUAUUUUCAGUACCAUGUAUUGGUUUAAUUCAAUCAACAGUUCGCUGGGAACAUUUCUUGGGGAAAAAUAAGGUAAAGCUGUGCAGUUUCAGACAAGAAUAUGAUAAUUUGAUUUCAGCCAAGCAGAUAGUGGAUAAAGGUGGUAACUUCCACAAUCGGUGGCAUCUCAAAGUGAAUUAGGAGCAAUGUUUCAUUUAAUUCAAUGAACACAUUAUUGAUAAUAUAUCAAAUAAAAAUAGAUCCAAAGUUUAUUGUCUAUUUUCUUAGGUCAAAGUACACUGAAUUGCUUUCUUCCUUUUGGUAUAAUAUGGUAGCAUACUGGUCCUGUUAUGCUACUAUAAUACAAUGAUUGUUACCAUUGGUAUGCUAAACUAUGAAAUGCAUUGUGGUGCAUUCUACUAAUGGCUUAUACUGUACUAUUGUUGCUUGUUUUGUGCUAUCAUUAUUAAUACAUAGCCUUGUUGCAUUGCUACUGUAGUGCCAUUAUGUCCAGUUAUAUGUCAUUAUGUUAUAAAUAAUAUAUUACUGCGACAAUAAUUGCUGUAAUGUGUCGUAUGUCAUAUUAUUCUGGGAAAACGCCA